AAUGUCAGAAACGCUGGCUUUGCACCUUCUCUAUAUUAUACGUUCGCUGCUCAGACGGUACUUCUUUGGACAUACAGUUUGUGGUGCAAAAUCCAAUUGUUAAACAAAAUUGAAAUAUCAAGUUUGGACAAAUUAUAAUUCGAAAUGAAAAACGAAAUAAAGAAAUUGCCAUUUUGAAUUUAAUUGCAUGGAAAUAUUUGAUAUUAUGGAGCCAUCAGCCUGUGAAGAUUUGAAAGCAUUUGAGCGAAGACUCACAGAAGUGGUAUCAUCAUAUGGACCAUCUACAUUACGAUGGCGAAGUAAGAAUUUCUUCUGUAUUGUAAACGUCUAUUUAACUAAUAUAUGUUUUACAGUUGUUCUUGCCACGAUUUCUAUAUGCACCGCCAUUGGAGCGUAUUAUUGGCUUCGUGAUCCUCGAACAUCAAUUGUGCCCCUAAUAGAGUCACUCUUGUUACAUCCAAUGUUUACGGUUGCCACAAUGAUGCUUGUUAUACUUUUUAUUAUGGGCAUACACAAAUUAGUAUUUGCGCCAAAAAUUAUUACAACUCGGAUGCGGACAGUUCUUAGUGAUUUCAAUAUGAGUUGUGAUGACACAGGGAAGCUGAUUCUGAAACCUCGACCAAACAAUAAUCUGGAUGGCAAUAGUCGUUAGGACUACACAAGGGUGGAAUUCACAUUAUAAUUUAGAUAAUUUCUUAAAUUGUUAAUUUUUAACUCAUAUUUCAAAUUUAAUCUAUUUGGAUCCUUAAGAUCGUGCUUUAAGAAGAACACACUUCAAAUAAAUGUAAAAAAAGGAAAAAGAUUUGUAACUUGAUUAUCAAUAUAUAGUGAAUACGUGUGAGGCUCACGGUCACGAGUA